AUGUCUGUCCAAAAAGCUGUCAAGAGUUCUCACUACGAGGCAGAAUCCAGCAUGGAACAUGAUAUCGUUAGAAAAGCAUGGGUUUUUAAGCCAAGUGGUCUUAACUUCAUAUGGGGAGGUGACUCUCGGUAUUGGGUCAUUCCUAAAGAAGACAGGACCCCUGCCGAACUAAAGAUGGUGAGUUGGUUAGAAGUAACCGGUUCGUUCGACAAGAUAGAGCCAGGCAAAACGUACCGAAUCGGUUUUAAAAUCUCUUUCACGGGUGAUGCAACCGGAUGGGACCAAGCUCCGGUUUUCAUGUCGGCGAAAAUCGGAAAGAAAGGAAAGACAAUUUGGAAGAGGAUCAAAUCGGUUAAUAAUAACAUUGAGAAACUUAAAGGUGGGACACAACCGGUUAACAUACCAGAUGAGACUGAUGGCAUAUUCGAGAUCUUUGUUAGUCCCAAGGAAGCACUAAACCAAGAGACUAAGCUUCAAUUUGGUUUAUAUGAAGUGUGGACCGGAAAAUGGAAGAAAGGUUUGUUGAUAUAUGAAGCUUUGGUUGAAGAAGUGUAA